CCCUCAAAAACUUUUUUGUGCAAAUGAAGCUCAACUCUAUAUACGUAUAAAAUAAAUAAAAUUGGCCGUGUAUCAACUGGAAACUUUGAUGCAAUCAUAGAACAUACGAGAGAAUCCCCCAUUUGUUGGCUGUCAAAGGCGAUCGUUAACCUCACUUAUCCACUUAUCAGCAACUUUUUGAAAAAAUCAUGAUAAAAAGCUGAAACCUGCUGAAAGCUGAAUAGUGAAUAAGUAACAAUGACCAAGGGAACCAUAGAAGAUUUCUGCAUAAAAAACAAUUUCUCACCAAGGCCGGCUACUAGCAAGGGGCUGUGGUUGCCCUUUCUUCUGCCAGUCGCUUUAAUUGUGGGCGCAGUUAACCAUACCACUGGCCUCUCACAUUCCUACAAACUCGCCCUAGUGGUGGCCGCCAGUUUAACUUUCCAGGCCCUGUACCUUGUUAAGAGGUGCCACUACAACGAAGCCUUAAGGGUCUUCAACGUGUGUUCCUCAUCGGUGGCCACAGCGUUAUUUUGUUGGUUUUACUUCGGGUUAAACAAAGGGUGGGCUUUCUCGUCAAUCAGUGCCUUUUUCGGUGCUUUUAGUUUCCUAAGUUUCUAUCGAUUCCUGCUGAUUGGCUUACGAGCGAGUUUUUCUUUGGGCGAAGCUGGCUUGAUUGCACAGAGUGCCACCUUGUUCUUCUACAAUGCAGGACAAAACGUUUUUAGAAGCUUCAACUCAAAUGCUGUUAUGACUAAGAUGCAGACAGGAACUAUUAUUAUACAGGUGGGGUUGCUGGGGAUUCUGGCUCUGGCGUACUUUGUACAUAAACUGAACAUAAAAGGAGCAGUGGCCUUUUACACCACGGCUUGUGCUAUGCUAACAGUGACUAUUAUAGUUCCUUUGCACAUUAUCUUGAAGCAAAGCCCGGUGUUGUGGAUAUUUUCCCAAGUUUUCAAUGAUAUCAGAUUACUGAAGCUGUUUGUUUAUUGGAGUGCCUGCACAGUUUUCGCCGUUCUGGCUGUAAACAACCAAAUAAAAACCGGACAAAAAGCCUCAACGAGUACACGCAAAGUUUUCCAUAUUUUAGCGGUUUUAGCGGUUCUACCUGGCUUGUAUUUCGGAUGUUCCUUUCUAUACAUGACAACUGGAAUUGUACUUGGCGUGUUUUUUGCCCUAGAGAUUUUAAGACUGUUGUCCAUUCCCCCUGUGGGCAAGCAGCUGCAGAAAGGCUUUGAAAUAUUUAAAGAUGAGAAAGAUGCCGGACUGUUGGCGUUGACUCCAAUCUAUCUACUAGCCGGUGUGUCGCUGCCUAUUUGGCUGCAUCCAUCGCCUUGCGAUGUAACGAACUCAGUCCAGUUUACUGUCUUGCCUCUGCUUAGUGGCAUCUUAUCAAUAGGUGUUGGCGAUACUGCAGCCAGCUACUUUGGCUCGUCAUUUGGCAGGCUCAAAUGGGCGAACUCCUCGAAAACCGUUGAAGGAACCUUGGCUUGCGUUCUUAGUCAAUUGGGAGUCUGCUACUUCCUUCAUUGGAUAAGUGGUUUCCCGGCUUACAUAAGCCCGCAGGACCUGGUCAAGCUGGUUGUGUCGAUCUUUGCUGUUUCGAUAGUAGAAGCAAAAACCUCCCAAAUUGAUAACCUGGUGCUUCCUCUGAUUAUGUACAUUAUAUUGGUUUAAGUCUGAAAUAGAAAGAAGCAGACUACGCACCUUUGUUUA